AUGUUCUCCUCAGUUCAUCUCCUGCUUCUGGCUCUUGCCGCAUCGACUGGAUUGGCCGCCUACUCGUCGGAUCAAUGCGUUUGUUCGGAUUUGAAGCCAUGCUUGGACAAGGUCAAAGCCACUGUGCCCAAAUGUACGGAUUACUGCUCAGUAAGUUGAUUUUAUUGUUGUUUUUCGGUUUUUAGGUAUGAUGGAAUGGAAAGAGAGGUUUUGAGAAUGGGCUUUUGGUAGUUUUAGAUAAAUUAGGGGUUUUUCUUUGUUUUUCAAUAGUUUUUGGUGUGGUUUUGUGCUAGAUUUUAGAGGUUUUACAUUGUUUUAGUUUAUAUAGGUAGGAUAAUAUAGGAAAGAUUCUUUUUUGUGGACUUUUUAAAUUUUAUAGUUAAACUAGGGACUUUUAUUUUACUUUUACAAGUUUGGCGUUUGUUUUUAUUUGAUCAAGGGAUUUUAUAUUGUUGUAGACAUCGAACGAUUUUUUUGGUAAUAGCUGUUUAAAACAAUAUUUUUGCUCAAAAUUAUCCUUUCCUAUUGGCUUCUUUGAUAUAUAAGAAGCAUAAGUAGGUAGUUGAGGGGUUUUUAAACUUUAAUGUAAUUAGUUUACAUCUACUUUUAAGUUUUUAUGAUUAAUUUUUGCUGAGGUACAUUAAUUUUUGAAGCUUGAUGUCUAAAACGAUACGUUUUGGUUUGAAUUCGUAUGGUUUAUGACGUUUCGAGUUUUAUAAUAGUUAUAUAAGAUAUAUGAGUAGUUUUUGGAGUAAGGUUUACUGAGGUAAAGGUCUGAUUUUUGUAGGUAUAGAGAAAAAUUUCAAUGAGACUGCUAGUUCAUGCGUAAUAUUAGUUUUAAAUAAUUUUUUUGAUGUUUCAUGUUGAAAUUAUUUAGAAUAGGAUUAUUUUAACUCUAAAAACGUUUUUAUUUAUAUUUUUUACAUUUCAGCCUCAACUCUCCCAAAUUGGUGUGAACAUUACCGAGGCCAAGAAGUGCACAGAUUACUACAGCCCCGAAUUCGACGCCACCGUCAAGUGCAUCAAGGAAGAGUUUGCGGACAGCUGUGCCAAGAGUUCAUCCGAAGCCAAACACGAUAUUCAGAAGCGCGACCCCAACACCUUGAAGUUGGCCGUCCUUUCCGAGCUCAACAACUGGAUGACCUACAAUGCUCCACAAAUGAAGUCGACCGUCGUUCAAUCCCUCCAGUUCAUCAUCUGCACCAAGAAAUGCGUUGAUAUCAGAACCUCGAAGUGCUCUGACGGAUUCAACUGUGUAUUGGACCUGCCAUCCGAUCAGGAGGUGAUCAAGGCUGCCAAGACUUGCAUCAGCAACAACUGGACCACCGCCAAGGCUCAGGACUUGUGCCAGUGCUUCUCCCAGGCCGGAUUCCAGAGCUUGGCUCCAGUUUGCCCGAAGAUUCAGAUCGAGCCCGCCAGGACCAGACACAUCCCCAGGAACGUGACUGAGAUGUACUAG